AUGGACGCAACAAGAGAAGCAGCGGAGACCCUGGAAGAGCUGCAGUCUCGACAUCGAAAGGAACUCAAGGAGCUGCAGGGACGGAUAACGAGCAAGAAGAAGAAUGCGACCAAGAAGACGCGCAAGGGGGUCAAUGAGGAGUGCGCCGACAUGGAGAGGCGACUGAGGGAGAAGCAAGAGGGAGAGGUUGUGGCUGCUACGAUGACGGCGACGAGCGCCGGGGACAGGUCUGGCCCGGAUCCGGACGACGACGACGACGACGACGACGACGACGAAAAAGACUCUCAGAACAAGAGCCGGUUGGAAAGGAUCGAGGACAAAGUCGGGGGGGAGCUGGAAAAGGCUGCGCAGAAGCUGCACAUCUCUUCCCCUCCCUCUCCACCUGCGAAAGCAACGGCGACGGCUACGAACGGCGACGGAACGGGGAGAGCAGGAGCAGGAGCAGGAGCAGGAGCAGGAGCAGGAGCAGGAGCAGGAGCAGGAGCAGGAGGGACGGGAAAGAAGCGCAACCGUCAAAAGGAGCGUCUGGCCAGGAGGGCAGCAGAGCAGGAAGAGGCGGCGGAGCGGGCAGAGGAGGAAGCCUCGCACAUGACGGACAACCGGGCGCGAGAGGGGGAGUACAUGGCCAAGAUGUUUGGAACCUACGGCCUCGUGGAGAAGGAGAUUGACCCGGACGGCCACUGCCUCUUUUCUGCCGUGGCGGAUCAGCUGGGUCAGCAUGGAAUCCCCCUGGAUGCAUCUCCUCCUUCUCCUCCUCCUCCGUCGCCACAAUCAACGCCGUCUCCUGCUGGUGCGGGCGCUGGUGCUGUUCCUGGCGCUACGCCGGCAUACAAGGUGGUCCGACGCGCGGCGGUGGAGUACAUGGCCAGCCACGCGGACGACUUCUCACCCUUCCUGGACGAGGACCUGGACACGUACCUGGGUAAGAUGCGCGACACGGCAGAGUGGGGAGGGCAGAUGGAGCUCACGGCCCUGGCAAGGCGGUACGGCGUCGAGAUUCGCGUGGUGCAGGACGGGAGGAUGGAGAGGAUAGGCGAGGGGGAGGGAGUCGAGACGACGCUCUGGCUGGCGUAUUAUCGGCACGGGUAUGGAUUGGGGGAGCAUUAUAAUUCAUUGAGGAGAAAGUAA